AACAUCUUCAUUGCACUUCGUUGCACCAGGAUCGCUAAAACCCUGCCAAAUUUUUCCUGCUCCCCGCUGCUCGGCGUCUCCGAUUCUCGUAGACAUACCGCCUCCUCUCGAGAUUCAGCAAUCGCCAUCUCUCUCCACUAUGUCGAGAUUCAGUUGUUAGUUUUGUGGCGAGGGGAGUUGUUUAGGUUUUUGGGUUUCAGGAAUCAUGGCUGGCCAUUUGCUGCAGCUCAAGCUGCCCGGGGGAUUGAGCUCCAGCUUUGAGUCGUUGGGUGCAGCCAGGCUCACGCGUUCAAAGCAAUGCGGCAAGCGUGCGAAAACAAUGUUGGGUCUGAGUGCGACUGCGAGGCUCGGAGGCGGAGGAUUGCGGCCUAGUUUGAUGCCAAUCGAUGGCAAUUUGCAGGGAAGAAUUAAUUUUUGUAAUAUAGGGUUUUCGGGCAGAAUGAUUGUUGCUGGUGGUGGUGAAGGAGAGUGUAGAGAGGUGAAGGUUGUAGCUAAUGCGGUUGUUAAUGAAGAUGACCUGCAUGAUAACCCAGAGGAGAAUAGCAGCUUCCCGAGCGAGUUUAGGGAGUUGAUAGUGGAUCGGGGUGAUCCUCCCAACUAUUGGCUCUUUGCAGCCGGGUUCCUUGUGGUCCUCUUGAUGCGCGACGUCAUGGUGCGGGAGAUUGCCCUUUGGGGGAUAAACUUUACUCGACUCAUUUUGUAUAUCGCAGAAGGCAUAACAAUUGCGUUCAGCAAACUCUCUGAAGUGGCAACGGAACCCGUCGCUCUUGUGAUGGCUAUAGCUCAGUGGGCAGUAGAAGCAGUCAGCGAAAUGUACGCCCUCAUCGUUGAAAGCCCUGUUGAAUCCCUCGCGAGUUCCUUGUUUGUUACUUUAGCAGUUCUUUGCAUUGGAGAUGCUUCGGCAUCCAGGAUAAAGGGAUCUCGGUCACGGCUGGUAGGAAUUGCAACAUCCAUCGGUUUGGUCGGGGUUUUGGAAUUCAUUCCCCCAGAGGCAGUGCUCCUGUCCUUGAUUGUCCUCACGGCUUUCGCCAAGUUCGUCCAGAAAGCAGAUAUUGUCACAGUCUUCAUGCCAGCGACAGUUGCUUUUGCUGCAAUCUCUUCACCAGUUGUUAAAGUUGCAGCAUUAGGAUUAUUCCUUGCUGUAUCGAUCUAUGCCAAUUGGAGAGCUGCACAAGAACCGACGGAUGCUGAACCAAGUGGGCAACCGCCAUCAGAUCUGGGUGAAAGUGAGGCAAGGACAGGGUUGAGGCCAUUGUUGCUUUUCAAGGGAAUUUCAGCAUGUGUUCUGAUUAGUUUGUCAGCCAAAGUCUUAUAUCUUCGCACAAUGACAUGGCUCGCGCUAAGAACCGUGUAAAAUGCAACAUUUGAAUGAGUGUGGGACUGUGCAACAUAGAAAGAUAGAACCCUUGAACAAGACUUAUCAUAAAUACAUGAUUUCCAGAACUAGUUAUAUUCAACACAUUGUGUAUCAAUACGUGAUAAAGGAGUCAGAAAAUUUUCUGACAUUUCUACUCA